AAACAACAACAACUUAAAAAAUGGCGGCCAAGUUAAAGAAGCGGUUGUCUAAAAUUGAAAAUAAAUUAUUGAAAUUAGAUAAAUUAGAGUUAAAAGAUCUAAUUUGUUCAAUUUGUCAUUCAAUACUUAUAGAACCUGUAACUUUGCCUUGUUAUCAUGAUUUUUGCCAACAUUGUUUUAACGGUAGCAUAGAAAAUAAUGCCUUGUGUUGUCCUCUAUGUCGCUUACGAAUUGGAUCUUGGAUACGAGCAGCAACUAAACAAAAGAAUUUAGUAAAUGUUGAACUCUGGAAUUUUAUUAAAUCCAAGUUCUCAAAAGAAAUCAAAAUUAAAACGAAAGGAGAAGAUUUAAGUUUCCUUGAAGAAAAACCACCUAUACGAUUAAGUGCUCCUGGUGAAAUAAGAUUAGAAUAUGAAGCUGAAUUGAAGAGGUUGAGGUUUGAACGUUUACAACUUGAACAAAAACAGUUUCAGGAGACUGAGUUUUUAAUCAAAAAAAUUCAACAAGAAGAGGAGGAAGCUCAUAAAAAAUAUUUGGAUGCUUUAAAACAAGAUGAGAUAUUAGCACAACAGAUACAAGGUGCAAAUUUAGAACAAAAAGCUCCUAAAAACUUGCCAAGAAAGCAAAAUCUGAGGGGCACCAUCAAUAAGAAAGUAAAGGCAGCAAAAAUUGAUAGCUAUUUGGCUAAAUUGCAAGCUCCUGUUAUUAUCAGAAAUAGUCCAUUGUUAACAGAUGACAAUACUAGCACAGAUAGUUCUACCCCCAAGGUGCCUUCAGUAAAGCAAAAUAAUAGGGAUUCUCCUGAAAUUGUAUCAAGUUAUGGAAAAUUGCUGAAAAAUUUAAUAGAUAAGAAAAUUAGAAAUCGAACUGGUAUUUGGAAUAAAGAAAAUGGUGAUACUCUCAAAGAUAAGCAUAGUGUAUUUUUUAAAGAAGAUGGAAUUGAUGAUAAAAAUAUCAAAUCUAAAAAUGGAAUUCAGUCACUAUUAGUAUCACUUCCUUUACCACAUCCAGGAGUACUUCAACACAAAACAAAUGCUUCUAAAAAUAGAAGUACAGAGACAGAUAGUUUUGAUUCAACGCAACAGGAAUUAUGUUAUUUUAAACCAAUUGAGGGAACAACCCCAAUCAGUAAGAGAUUACCACUGCGAGUGCCAGGAAUGCACGUGGGCCAUAAAGGAAGUUCUUUACAACAUGAAGUAGCUCCAAGCAGGGCGCAAUACAUUGAGGGUCUUUGUCGUCUGCGGAAUUUAUCCAUGGCAGAAAACUUGCCUUCGGCAUUUGUCAUAGCACUUAAUAUCUUUAGGGUAAAAAAAGAUACUGUAAAAUGUGAAACAAAUAUUCAGUUACGGGAUAAGAAAGUUAUUCCUUCAGGCCCUUGUCUUGUGUCCACAUUCCCUGCAAAAAGAAGUUCUAACCGAAAUAAACAAAUAAUUCAAAUAGAUGGUAUCACCGAGUUAAACACCAAAACAAACUUGAGAAGAACUAGGUCAAUGGGUUGUAUAUCAAAAGACGAGAAUGAAACAACUCCAAAAAAGGCCAAGUUAAAAGAUAGAAAAGUUUCAUCAGAGAAAAAAUUGUGUUUAAGAAGUAAUUCAAAAAAGUCUACUACCAAAAAAGAUUCGAAUAGUUCACCCUUAAUUCCUGAUUCUGUAAAUAAUAAUAAGGUUAAUUUAGCUAUAAAAAAUUUAUCUAGUCCAUUAAAAAAUUGUGAUUUUAAAAAUAUUUUACAAGAGCAAUUAAGGAUUGAGAAGAUAAUUGAACAAGAAAAGAAUGAUUUUGAAUUAGCACGAAAAGUAGAAGCAGAGUGGAAUGGACGAAGACAACCUCGUCGUUUAGCCGUCAAGCGGCAACUCACACUUAAUUAUGCUCUCAGGCCGUCUAAAAAACUAAAAGUGUAAUAAUGUCAUCAAUUAUUCAUAAUCUGCAUGCCGCGUGAUAUAUUAUGAUUAUUUAAUGUAAAGUACUUUGAAAUUAUUUCCAUACAGAAAUAUAUAGCGUGGCCAACCUUUAGUUCCUUGUGUUUUAGAUUAUUGAAUCUAACUAUACAUAUGCCUCCUAUCUAUUAGGUUUUCAGUUAUAAAAUUAUUGAAAUAAUUUUAAUAUUUUCUACAUAUGUACAGAUGUUUAAGUUUAUCAAUAACUUGAUGCACUACUUUAAAAAAGGUAUGUUUUACAUACAGAAGAAUGACUUGCGAUUUAUUAAAAUACUGUAAAAGAUUAAUAAUUGGUAGCCGCUUUGUUUACAGUUUACAUGAGAAUAUAUUUAACCAUAUCUCUACCAUAACUGUAGACAUAUGACACAUGUAAAUCAAUCCUAAAGAUAUACAUUGUUUGUGUCGCUAUACCCUAUAUACAACUCAAAAUAUUACUCUACUGUGUACAACAGCCUCAGAUACGUAUUUUUUUUUUUUUUAUCAAGAGUACCUAAAAGAUAGAUUUUAAUUUGAAUAUUUCAUUUUUUUAAAGUUUUUUGAUGGAGAAAUAGUAAUAUUCCUAAUAAAUUAAAAAAAAAAAAAAAAAUAU